CCACACCAAAACCCGCAAAAACUUUACGACGUCGCGACAUCGCCUUGCUAUCCGAGCCGUUUGACUCCUUAUCGCGGGCGCUUUCACCCAUGUGCACGUUUUGUCGUACAGCCGACGUGAAAACGAGCUAUCACGCAGUUUUUGGCGAUCACGUUCUCAACUACAGCGAACGUGAAGUUUGAAAACUGCUUGGCGCGAAAAUGGGACCUCGAAAUGACGGGUGCAAGUUCGACCCUGAUUUGCUCGCCGGAGUGGAGGUCAAUCUACCGGCAACGUUACAGCGGGCUUCGCUGCUCGGUACACGUCGAUGUGUGAAGAACGAGUUUCAGGCGGGUUGGCUGUUACGUGCGAUCACGUGCAUCGAUUUGACCACAUUGUCGGGAGACGAUACCUACAGCAAUGUGUACCGACUUUGCUCCAAGGCUGCACACCCUCUCAGGGAAGACAUCCUCAAGGUUCUCGAUGUGCCCAAGGAAGAUGUCACAACUGGAGCCGUUUGUGUCUACCCUGCAAGAGUAGCAGACUGUGUGAAAGCAUUCCAGGCCAUCCGGCCUCCCAGAAAGGUUCCGAUAGCUGCUGUGGCAACAGGAUUUCCCACUGGCCAGUAUUCGCUGCCUACUAGACUGCAGGAAAUAGAGUAUGCCGUUGAGUCUGGUGCCAGUGAAAUUGACAUUGUCAUCAACCGCACUGCAGCAUUGACAGGAGACUGGGAAACUGUCUACAAUGAAGUUUGUGCUAUGAAGAAAGCAUGUGGGGAGGCCCAUCUGAAAACAAUCCUUGCCACUGGUGAGCUGGGAUCACUUCGAAAUGUUUACACUGCCAGCAUGGUCUGCAUGAUGGCUGGAGCUGAUUUUAUAAAGACUUCAACUGGAAAAGAAGGAGUCAACGCCAUCCUGCCUGUUGGAAUCACAAUGGCAAGGGCAAUAUGGGAUUAUUACACGGAUACCAGUAUCAAGGUUGGCUUUAAGCCCGCAGGUGGCAUCAGAACGGCAAAAGAUGCACUGCUAUGGCAGUUUCUCAUGAAGGAGGAGCUGGGAGACGAUUGGCUUUUCCCAGAGCUGUUCCGCAUUGGUGCAAGCGGACUUCUGGGUGAUAUCGAGCGCCAGCUAUUCCACUACGCAACAAAGCGCUAUGCCUCACUCAGUGAAAUGCCUGCUUGUUAAGUUGUGCAUAGCAGAAGUCAGCAUCAACAGUAUUUCUUUUAGCUGUUUGGUUAUGCCUUUAGAAGGA